AUCGGAACUUGCUGUUCAAUCCCUCCCUUGCUCCACUUCUUUCCCGGGGUUUUUUUCGAAAAGCAGCUACUGGAACACAAGAGCUCUACAUCAUCAGUGACAAACGAUUCGAUCAAGCCGCCACGUCGCCGACUGGCUCUAAACAUCCGCGAGGUACGUGAAGCGCGAACGUCUCUGCAUUUGUAGCCUGCCGGUCCCACAGACUCAAUCUAGCUAGAGGAGGCCCCCAAAGAGCUCUAGUUGAGCGCCCGAGACAGACAGACAGGUGGCUCGUUGAAGACUGCGACGUGACGAAGAUCGCGUGCCCCACGUUCACCAGAUAUUCCAGCACUUCAACGGCCAACAAUGCCCUCCCUCACCCCCGAGCUCUUUGCCCGCCUUCACCCUGUCCACCACAUGAUCUUCGACUACCUCUCCCAAUCCUCCCCAUACCUCGUUCUCCGGCUCAACAAGUACCCACCGCCUACGCAUCAUCCCCGACUUGUACCACACCUUCACCAUCACUACAAAGUCCAUGGGGGCGAUUGAGUGCGCGUUGAAGGGCGAAGAUCCGCUGCUACCGCUCGCUAUCAAUCACGCAAAGGUGCUCAGGGUGGUGAAUACCGAAUCUGCGAUCUCUCUUGAGCAUUUCUGUCCGCAAGACGAAGACAUAACGGUGUUCCCCUCUGGACUCAAAGUCGUGCGGGUGGAGUUCUCGUGGGCGGUUAUCCGGGACUACUACUUCUUGAGAAUCCAAGACGGCUUGGGUGACGUAGGCAAGGACACAGUCCUGGAAGAAGUCGCGCACAGCAAUCAUUUCACAGAAGCUCUUUUUCACGUCGACUGUGGCGAUUGGGCGGCACACGAGAGAAAUGUGCUGGCAGAUAUCCCUUGGCUGUUCGGUGAUUGCUGCUUGCAUAUCAAUACCACCAUUGUCUUGCACGCCCCCAAUCAUGGCCAAUUACACUUCCCGUUAGGCAACAACCUUCCUCUACCUUUCGAGUCGGCACUCCGAUUAGUGCUCUGGUCCAAGCCCGAGCGGUAUGACGAAAUCUAUACAAGAGACCCGCGGCCCCUCCCUACUCCCUCGCCCGGCGUCUUCGAAGAAUUUGCGGAAUUCAUUGCUUUCGGCAUUGAAUUUGUGGAGGAUGAAUGGGCUGCGGCAACGCAUUCCGUAGAAGAAGUACUCGAAGAAGGGUUCGUGUAUCCUCUUGAUAUAGAGGUUGUGUGCCCGAACGCGAGCCAUGUGGAAGAGCUUGCGAGGACUCUUUACCGACCCAAUCAACGCAAGGCAGAAGGUUUCGAUUGGUCGCCGCGAUUCCGAGAGCUGAACGAGGAAAUAGUUGACCAUUACGAUCUAUGGAACAGAACACCUUGAUAGAGGCUCAAGAUGUACCUUUUGAAUCUAUGCGACUACUGACUGGAACACAGAUCUCAAUGCCGGACGA